UCAAAAGCUGUGAAAAGGUCUAUAAUGAAGAGUGUCCUUCCCACCCUUAAUAAACUUUUUAAAAAUAAACUUAUUGUGGGGAUCUUCAAACUUUUCAAAGUGGAGAAAUGGCGUAAGGAAACCCACGUUCCCCCAGCCAGCUGCAGUUGGUGUCUUGUUACCAGUGUCCCACCGGAUUCCUCCCAGAUGAAGGACAUCCUUUAAACAGGCUGAGCCUCUGUCUUUUGCAGCUGUUCUGACUCAGGAGACCCCGCCCUUUCAUUGCAUCGCUCUUGGGCUCCAGGUCGGAGCUUUUCCACGAUGGCCGAGCCCUCUGAUGUCCUUACCUGUAGCCACAUGGGCCACUGCUCUUCCGUUGCUCCUUUCCUUUCUAAAGAGUGUCGUCUUUCCCAGUCUUCAUGCCAAGCACUUCGCAGGUGUGCCCAUGAUUCCACCACAGUUUCUGCUUGGUAGUAAAGGGCCCAGUAGGCUCUUUCUAGAGAACCUCUUCCAAGAGUUUUUAUGAAAGGACAGGGCGUAGCAAAGUAUAAGGAGCUGAAGGUUUAAUUCCCGGAAGCUGAGGACUCUGGGUCUGCUUUUAUUGCUCAGAGCCCCUGUUGAGUUCCCUCCUGCGCAGGAUGCCGGAAUUGGAGACUCUGGAGAUCGUGAAGUUGGUGAACUGCCCGGAGACCUUCACCCCAGACAUGAGGUGCAUCAUGGGCGAGUCUCCUUUGGUACAGGGCUACUUCGUUCUGGCGGGAAUGAACUCUGCUGGACUUUCGUUUGGUGGAGGAGCCGGAAAGUUCAAAAAGAUUCUUCAGUUGAAUAUGCUGACGACAGGACAGCAGAAGCAUGCAGAAGCCCCCUCCCAAGACAGCACUUCAGUGAGAAAAGAACCCAUCACGUAAAACUGAAGUCUAGCCACCCAGUUACAAGAGUC